UGGUUCCUAGUUGGAUUCAUUAACCACUGAGCCACGACAGGAGCUCCUUAAGCUCUAGCUUUGAUGCCUGUAACAUCAGGGUAGAGGCUUGCUUUGUGCUAUGGGGGUGGGGGAGAACUUUUCCCUCCUUCCCAUCUGGGAUCUUUGGUCUAAUAAUGAAAUUGAUAAGAGGAAGGUUAACAGGAGGAAAACUAACUUAACUUUGUACUUUGUACUGAGAUUCACAGACGGUCAGGCAGUUGAGGCCUACAUAUCAUCCUGAGCUAGGAGAAGGGGCGAGGAGCUGGGCUUCAAAGAGGUGAAAGACAAUUCACAGGCAGGUAACAAGAACACAUGUUUGGUAAUCAGAUGUCUCUCUUGCCAUGAAGAUAGCUUUUUCUGAUAUAAAAAUUACUUGUGAUAAUAGUUCUCUCUUUCUGGGACACUCUCCUGAUCUAUAUUCUUUUAUGCCCUUAGGAGAGAGGCAAACAGCUUUUAUAGAGUCUGCUUGGUCUUGAUUGACUCAAAAAAGUUGGCACACUUGCAGGUGGCAUACGUGGCUCCCCCUCAGUGGCAGCCCAUCUGAGAGAGCUUAUGUGGUUUUCCUGCAUCGAGAAGUAAGGAUGAGAUACAGUUCGAUUUUCAUUUAGAACAGAUACAGUUAGAGCAAAUGGGAUAGUCCUGGAACACCUGGAGUACCAUGUGGCUCCCUGAACCUCUCAGGUGUAGAUAGAGCUUCUCUAAAUCCCCAAGGCAACACUUGGGACUACUAGCAUAAGGCAGACACAGGUAUUUACACUUCAUAUUGUAACAAUAGUUAUUGAAACAAUAGUUAUGAUUCAGAGCUCUUCCCUGGUUAUCUGAGGAGCCAAAGCUACAGAAUGAAUAUCUGUGUCCCCCUGGAAAUUCCUUAGUUGAACUGAAUCCAUAGUGAUGGUGUUAGGGGGUGGGGCCUUCAGGAGGUAAUUAGGUGGUGAGGGUGGAGCCUUUGUCAAUGGGAUCAGUGCCUUUAUAAAAGAGCCUCGGAGCACUCUUUCACUCCGUUCACUUGUGGGAACACAGCCAGAAGACAGCUACUUGUGGACCACGGAGAGAGUUCUUACCAGACACAGAAUCUGCCGGCGCCUUCGUCUUGGAGGACUGCCCAGCCCCAAAACUGAAGUGAGCCUGCUAGAAGCUGGCUGAUGAUAAAGCAUGUGUCCGUACCUCCGCAGCAUUUAGCAGCAUAAUUUGUCUUCAUUACUUUUCAUAUUGUUUCCAGGUUAACCACGUUCUUCUCAGUUUGAAACCAAAAGUAAGAGGAGACAUUAAGAUUUUCAUUCUUUCUGGGCUGCCUCCUUCCUCAAGAGCAAUGGAGAUGCUGUUCAGUGGAAGAAGAGUAAUCACAUCUCUAAUUUUCUUCUUGUUAAAAUUCUCCAUGGCUGUUGAUAUACCACUUUCAGUUCAACAGGUUCCAACAAUCAUAAAACAGUCAAAAGUGCAAGUUGCCUUUCCCUUUGAUGAAUAUUUUCAAAUUGAAUGUGAAGCUAAAGGAAAUCCAGAACCAAAAUAUUCGUGGACUAAGGACGACAAGCAUUUUGAGCUGUCUGACCCUCGGAUAAUUGUGUCUAACAACUCAGGAACAUUCAGGAUCCCAAAUGAAGGGCACAUAUCUCACUUUCAAGGGAAAUACCGCUGCUUCGCAUCUAAUAAAUUGGGAGUUGCUAUGUCGGAAGAAAUUGAAUUUAUAGUUCCAAAUGUUCCAAAAUUCCCCAAAGAAAAAAUCGACCCACUUGAAGUGGAGGAGGGUGAUUCAAUUGUCCUUCCAUGCAACCCUCCCAAAGGCCUCCCACCUUUACACAUUUAUUGGAUGAAUAUUGAAUUAGAACACAUUGAGCAAGAUGAAAGAGUAUACAUGAGCCAAAAGGGAGAUUUGUACUUCGCAAAUGUGGAAGAAAAAGACAGUCGUAAUGAUUACUGUUGCUUUGCUGCAUUCCCAAGAUUAAGGACUAUUGUGCAGAAAAUGCCAAUGAAACUAACCGUUAACAGUUUAAAGCAUGCUAAUGACUCAAGUUCAUCCACAGAAAUUGGUUCCAAGGCAAAUUCAAUCAAGCAAAGAAAACCCAGACUCCUAUUGCCUCCUCCUGAGAGUGGCAGCAGGUCUUCAGUUAUCAUCCUCAAAGGAGAAACCCUGCUGCUUGAGUGCUUCGCUGAAGGCCUACCAACUCCACAGGUUGAUUGGAACAAAAUGGGUGGUGAUUUGCCAAAGGGAAGAGAAACAAAAGAAAAUUACGGCAAAACUUUGAAGAUAGAGAAUGUUUCCUACCAAGAUAAAGGAAAUUAUCGCUGCACAGCCAACAAUUUCUUGGGAUCAGCCACUCAUGAUUUUCAUGUUAUAGUAGAAGAGCCCCCUCGCUGGACAAAGAAACCUCAGAGUGGUGUGUACAGCACUGGGAGCAGUGGUAUCUUGUUAUGCGAGGCUGAAGGAGAACCUGAACCCACAAUCAAGUGGAGAGUCAAUGGCUCCCCGAUUGAGCGAAAUCCAUUUUCUGGUGAUGUCAUCUCCCCCGGGGAAAUCAGUUUUACCAAUGUACAACCAAAUCACACCGCGGUAUACCAGUGUGAAGCCUCAAAUGUCCAUGGCACUAUCCUUGCCAGUGCCAAUAUUGAUGUUGUAGAUGUUCGUCCAUUGAUACAAACUACAGAUGAAGAAAAUUAUGCCACAGUAGUUGGGUACAGUGCUUUCUUACAUUGUGAGUUCUUUGCUUCACCCGAGGCAAUAGUGUCCUGGCAGAAGGUAGAAGAAGCAAAGCCCCUUGAAGGCAGACGAUAUCAUAUCCAUGAGAAUGGCACGUUACAGAUCAACACAACCACGGAAGAAGAUGCUGGUUCCUACUCCUGUUGGGUAGAAAAUGCUAAAGGAAAAACAGCCGUCACAGCCAAUUUGGAUAUUAGAAAUGCUACGAAACUUAGAGUUUCUCCUAAGAACCCUCGUGUCCCCAAAUCACAUACACUUGAAUUACACUGUGAGAACAAAUGUGAUUCAUAUUUGAAACACAGUUUGAAGUUGUCCUGGAGUAAAGAUGGAGAAGCCUUUGAAAUUAAUGGCACAGAGGAUGGCAGGAUAAUUAUUGAUGGAGCCAAUCUGACUAUAGCUAAUGUCACCUUAGAGGACCAAGGAAUAUAUUCCUGUUUAGCUCACACUUCCCUGGAUAGCACUGCUGAUAUGACUCAAGUAACUGUCCUGGAUGUUCCAGAUCCACCAGAAAACCUUCAAUUGUCUGAAAGACACAACAGGAGUGUUCGGCUGACGUGGGAGGCUGGAGAUGACCACAAUAGCAAUAUUAGCGAAUAUAUCGUAGAAUUUGAAGGAAACAAAGAGGAACCUGGAAGGUGGGAGGAAUUGGCUAGAGUCCCAGGAAAGGAAACAACAGCCACGUUAUCUUUGGCUCCGUAUGUGAGGUACCAGUUCAGGGUCAUAGCCAUGAAUGAAGUAGGGAGAAGCCAACCUAGCCAGCCAUCAGACCAUCAUGAAACACCCCCAGCAGCUCCAGACAAGAAUCCACAAAACAUAAGGGUUCAAGCUUCUCAACCCAAGGAAAUGAUAAUCAAAUGGGAGCCUUUGAAACCCAUGGAGCAGAAUGGACCAGGACUGGAGUACAGAGUGACCUGGAAGCCACAGGGAGCCCUAGUAGAGUGGGAGGAAGAAACAGUCACAAACCACACUCUGCGGGUGAUGACACCUGCUGUCUAUGCUCCAUAUGAUGUCCAAGUUCAAGCCAUUAAUCAUCUGGGCUCUGCCCCUGACCCUCAGUCAGUGGUUCUUUAUUCUGGAGAAGACUAUCCUGAUACAGCUCCAGUGAUCCAUGGGGUGGAUGUUAUAAAUAGCACAUUAGUUAAAGUUACCUGGUCAACAAUUCCAAAGGAAAGAGUCCAUGGACAUCUGAAAGGAUAUCAGGUAAACUGGUGGAAAACAAAAAGUCUGCUGGAUGGAAGAACACAUCCCAAAGAAGUAAACGUUCUGAGAUUUUCAGGACAAAGAAACUAUGGAAUGGUCCCUUCUCUAGAUGCUUUUAGUGAAUUUCAUUUAACAGUCUUAGCCUUUAAUUCCAAAGGAGCUGGUCCAGAAAGUGAGCCUUAUGUAUUUCACACACCAGAAGGAGUACCUGAACAACCAACUUUUCUCAAGGUCAUCAAAGUUGAUAAAGACACUGCCACUUUAUCCUGGGGACUACCUAAGAAAUUGAAUGGAAACUUAACUGGCUAUCUUUUACAGUACCAGAUAAUAAAUGACACAUAUGAGAUUGGAGAACUAAAUGAUAUCAACAUUACAACUCUGUCAAAGCCCAGCUGGCGUCUCUCAAACCUCAAUGCAACUACCAAGUACAAAUUCUACUUGAGGGCUUGCACUUCAAAGGGCUGUGGAAAACCAAUCACUGAGGAAAGCUCUACAUUAGGAGAAGGGAGUAAAAGUGUCGGGAAGAUAUCAGAAGGAGUAAAUCUUACUCAAAAGAUUCACCCAGUAGAGGCAAUUGAGCCGGGAGCUGAACAUAUAGUUCGCCUAUUGACUAAGAACUGGGUUGAUAACAAUAGCAUUUUUGAAGAUGUAAUUGAGACAAGAGGGAGAGAAUAUGCUGGGUUGUAUGAUGACAUCUCCACUCAAGGCUGGUUUAUUGGAUUGAUGUGUGCGAUUGCUCUUCUCACACUAAUACUGUUAACUGUUUGCUUUGUGAAGAGGAACAAAGGUGGAAAGUACUCAGUGAAAGAAAAGGAAGAUCUGCAUCCAGAUCCAGAAGUUCAGUCAGUGAAAGAUGAAACCUUUGGUGAAUACAGUGACAGUGAUGAAAAACCUCUCAAAGGAAGCCUACGAUCCCUUAACAGGGAUAUGCAGGUCACAGAAAGUGCCGACAGCUUGGUUGAGUACGGGGAAGGUGACCAUGGUCUAUUCAAUGAAGAUGGGUCAUUUAUUGGCGCUUACGCUGGAUCUAAGGAGAAAGGAUCUGUGGAAAGCAAUGGAAGUUCUACAGCAACAUUUCCGCUCCGAGCAUAAACACAACACAUUUAAAUAAAUCAGUGGUUCACACCAACUUUCCAUAUUUAUCUGCUUAAGAGAGUAAGAACUUUCUUAUAGGAUUAGAAACAUAUUGGCUGAAGAUGUCAUCCCCGGUUCAAACAUCCUGCAAUUGAGAAAAACAGCAUUGCCUUGAAAAAAUAAAAUGCCUAGCACUACACGCCUAUGUUUUUUGUUUUUGUUUUUUCAGGUGCUCAAAAUGCAGAACACAAAGCAAAUCCUGUAUUUAGAUUCACCUCAACUGAAUCCAAAGUAUCCAUCCAGUGUACUCAGUAUUUGCCUGAUUUUACUCUUCACUCUGUUUGCAUAGAUGUUGCUACCUUGUGGGUUUUCUCUGUAUGCACUUGUGUAUUCAGUCUGAGAACUGUCUUCGUGACUGCUUCAUGACAGGUUAAAAGAUGGUAAGCCAACUGGCUAUUUAAAAUAUCAAGAGGAAUAUGAAUGUCUUAUGAAAACAGUUCAUUGAAUAUAUACAGUCUAAAUGUAUUAUUUAAAAUUUUAGUAGCAGAGGUCUUAGGUGAACAAUCCAUUAGUAUUUAUUGAGCUCCUAAUUCUUUGCCAGAGAUGGCUGUGCUUAAAGAGAAUUCUAAACUUUUCAGUUUCAAAAUGAAUUUAUAAUUUCUCUCCAUUAUGACAUCUAUACAUAUGUUUCUGGGGUUGUUUUUGGACUCAGUUCAGUGGCAAAGGAAGCAGUGGUCAGAAGGUUAUCUUAUGAAAGAACAGGCAGGAGAGGUCCUUGAUGUGGGGUCUAGGAGCUAUUUCUAAAUGGACUGCUUUUACCUUUUAUGUUUGUGCAAUGGUAUGCUCCAUCUAUUUCAUGAAUGCAUUGUAUAUAUUAUGUUAAUAUUUAACACAGUUUUAAAUAGAGAUUGUUUUAUUUUAAAGUGAGAAAAGAACAUUAACAGGCAUGUCUGUACAGCUAGAGUAUAUAGUAAUACAACGUUUUCCAUCAUCCCAGAGCUGCAGCCAAUAACAUUAGGUUCCCAAACCAAACACUUUGUACAAAGCAUUUGGAUUUUGUUCUUACGUGCUUUUCCAACAGUCUCAAAAUAAAAUAUCAUAUAAAUAUUGAGGGGAAUGUUUUCAUAUUUUUCAAAAUACAUUUUUGUUGUGGAGGGUACUCCUAUCCUAGCCCCCAAAGAAAUAUGAUUUACAGUGGAAAUUCAUUUACACAGGUUUGCCUCUAUUGCAUUUUAAACAUCUUCAGGGUGGGAUUGUUUUCUAUGUUCUCAUUCUGUCAAAGCCAGUACAAAUUCAGGGAAUUUAUUUCCUGGCAUGUAAGCUACUAGUCCUUCUAAAAUUGUACAUGAAAAUGGUUUAGAAAUAGUAUGAAGGGCUAUGCAUGCAUGUCAGUAAAAUCCAGUGUUGAGCUUCUCAUUUUAUGGAGACUUUUUUUUUUAAUCUUUAAAUCACAAUAUUAUUAAUUAUGUUUAAAUGAAAUUGACAUGCAGGUUUUAUUUUCUUACCUUUACCAAUGGGUGUAUAUUGUUAUAUCCUUGACUUCAGUGAUGUAGCCCACUCUCUUUCUUGUGGACCAAAAUGAAAGAUAUGUAUAAUGGUCCAUGCAGUAAUCCGUAUGGAAUAUCUCAUUAUCAUCUUGAUCCUCAUGUGUCCUCCAAAACACAUAGGCAGCAAAAGAAUGUCCUACUUAAAACAAUACUUGAUGGGUUCAGGACCUGACCACCCUUCUGAAGUAAGAAUUUCCAAAGAGGGAAACCAUUGUGGUUCUUAUGUGAGUACGAGGACCCACAUACCCAUCAGGGCACCUUGAGCUUUAUUCCCAUCUGAUAUUAAGGCACAACUUUUCUGAAGGAAGAAUCGUGUUUUGACUUACCUGGGAGGAAUCUCUGGUACUCAGCUCUCGAUGCGACCGACGUUCUCAGUUUCGUUCCACUAGUAUUCUAGUUCUUCUUCAUUAUCAUCAGCUAGAAAGAUUUUAACAGAAUCAUGCAGUUUGGGCAUAAUCUCCAAAAAGCACUAAGAAUAAAUUUAUUAUAAAUUUAGUUACCUUUAAGUCAGAAGUUAACACAAAUAAUGGAAUGUUUGAUCUUCCUAGAUUUUUGACUUCCCUUUAAAUUGAGUAAUAAGGAUGUUCCUGGUCAUAUUUUCUGAAUGUCCAAAAUUUAUGGAUUUGAAAUAGAAGAUGGCUUUAAGUCUGCAUUCAGCUAUCAUGUUCUAUUACCUUUUCUCAGUACUGUUUGGUUUCUACUGGGAAUCUUCACAGAAGGAAUAGGUCCACGGUUAACUUUCUCUAGUGUACUGUCUAUCAUUUUAAUAUAAUAGAUUGUAUAUAAUCUCAAGGAUUUUGGGUGGGGGUAAAUUCAUAGAGACCUGUCCAAGGGUUGGGAAAAUCUGAGUUCUCUUCCUGGUUCCAGCACUGAUUUUGUACAUAAACAUUGAGUUGCUUGACCCCUUUGCUUCAAACUAUCUCAACUCUAAAGUGCUAACAAUUAUCUCAGUUACCUUAUCUCUGUCACAGGGUGUUCUUUUUUAUGAAAAAAAAUUUGAAAAUGAUAAAAGCUAAGAUGCCUUUUCACUUCAUAAACAAUCCUGUAAUUAAUGAUGUGUCAAAGUCACUGCACAUAUACCAACUCAACUUUUUUCCUUGGAACACAUAAAUAUAUUUUUAUAGAGAAACAAAUCUACAGGAAGUAAAAUAAAUCUGCUGUUCAAUGAGCAGUACAAUUUGCACAUGCCAUCAAAAAUUACUAAUCAGAAAAAAAUUAAGCAGGGUCUUUGCUAUACAAAAGUGUUUUUCACUAAUUUUGCAUGUGUAUUUAUAAGAAAAUGUGAAUUUGGUGGAUUUAUUCCAUUGGUAUAAAGGCAUCUGAUAUUUUAGAUGUACCCAUGUUUAUAAAAGUGUAAAGCACAAUGAAAUUAUGCUGGAAGUCUCAAUAUUUUUCCUAUUUUAUAUUAAUGGAAGAGAUGAACUAAAGAGAACAAUAAUGAGAAAUGUUGGUGUCUUUUUCUAAGCAUUUAAAACAUAAUUGCCAAUUGAAAACCUAAAUAUGUUUACAUGUCAUUAAGAUAUGAUUCUUGUAACAAUUUCAAAUUGAUUAUAAAGGGAUUAGGUUUGUAAUCUGUGGUAGUGUACAUUCUAGUAUUCCCAUGGUAAAAUAAGUAGGGUUGAGCCAAAGCUUACUUUGUUUUAUAUCUUAAAUUGUUUGAUUACAUCAUCAAAAGAGAUAAAAGGUAUGUAUAACUCGUUUAUCUGAUUUUUUUGGCUUAGAUUAAUAUUCACAGUAGAACUUUAAAAUGUGUUUGUAUUGUAGGUGGUGUUUGUAUUGCGCUUAUGAAUAUGUAUGGUUUAAAAAUAUUUUCAGUAUACAAGAAUUCAACUUUCCAAAUAAACAUUCAACUUCAUGUACUCUAAAAA